AUGAAACUUACUUGAAAAAUCAUUAUUGCUCUUGCAUGGGCAAGUAUAGCAGAGUCAAAACCGCAAGGGAAGAAAGAGAAAAGAGGGGUGGCACUGUUGGGACCAUCGGGUUACGACUUCUUUGGGGUUGCGCCCAUAUUUUCCACCGCCCCAUGGACACCCACCAAUUUUGGGUCUACUUCUUGGAGCUCGUCAGGUGCACCUGAUGUCCCCUUAACGCAAGUUCAAGUUCAAGCCACCCAUGAUGUCGCUAUUCAGACGCUCAAAGAUUCCUCCUCUGGGACGCCGAGCAUUGCUUACCCUCCGGACGUUCUGAAAGCCAUUCAACAAGCAAAGGACGCGAAUCGCAACGUGAAUUUGGCUCAGCAGAGAGUAGCAGAGGCUAAACAAGCCGCUGUCAUUCAACAAAAGCUCGCACUGGCUAAGGAAGCCUCGGCGAGGGAGGCUGCAGCAAGAUCGCAAGAGAUCUCGUCGAACGCAGAAGCCGAGGCCAGAGCCAGUGCAAAACAAUUGGUGGCAGCUCAACAGAGAUUGGCGUCCCUAAAGGAUGCAGUUGCAGCUGCACAAAGGGUGGCUGCAGCCAGGGAGGCGGCUGCAGCGGCUGCGAUUCAGAGGAACGCGGCUGAAACUGCCGCUCAAUUGCAGAAACAGGAUGUCGACAAGCAGAUCAGUCAGAGCGAACAGGAAGCGAAGGAGAAGGACAUAAUUGCCGCCAAGGAAAACGCUGUGGCGAAUGCCGUGCAGCUGUCCGCGCUGCAGAAACCACCGCAUCAUCCCUGGAACCGCUGA